AUGUUGCACUCAUAGCAGCCACCAAAAAUUCAGAAUUAUCCGGGCAAGAGAGUAUUAAAUUACACAUUUCUCAAAGAAUUGGGAAAAGGGGCAUUUGGUUAGGUAUAAAAAUUUAAAUUACUAAAAGGUCUUUUCUGCCAAAGUUGACAAGACAUCAGAUUUGGUAGCGAUUAAAUGUGUUCCAAAAGCAAAAUUAAGUGAGCACAGAGGAAUUGUUGGCUAAUUAUUAGAUAGUGAAAUUGAGGUAUUAAGAUAAAUCAACAGUGAGCAUGUAAUAAAAUUCAUAAAUUUCUUUUAAUCAGAGAAUUAAUGUUACAUUGUUUUGGAAUUCUGUAAUUGUAAAUUUCUUAUCUAUAAUUAAGCUGGUGAUUUUGAAUAAUUGUGGAUCAAAAGAGGGAAAAAGAUACCCGAAAAUGAAGUUAUUGCAUAUAUGAAAUAAGUCUUGGCUGGAAUGUAAGCCCUACAUGAGAAAAAUAUCUUACAUAGAGAUCUAAAGUUGCCUAAUAUUUUGAUUCAUAAUUCUACCUUAAAAAUUGCUGAUCUAGGGUUCUGUAAGUAAUUGAAGGAUCAAAAUCAACAUGAGCACUUGUUUCUUGGUUCCUUAGGUAAUAUGGCACCUGAAAUUGUUGAACAAAAACCUUAUGGCAUGGCUGCUGACAUGUUUUCUAUUGGCAGUAUGUUCUAUUAGUUACUUUUUGGAUCUUUUCCAUUCACUAACCUAAAUGAAAAGGCAUUUUUGGAAGAUAUCAGAACAAGUAGACUUAAAUAUCAUUCCUAGAUAAACCUAAUUUUAGAAAAAAUGGAGUUUCAAUUUCUUCACAAUUAGAAUUGCUGUUGUAUAAAAUGUUAAUGAAGGACCCUAGGGAUAGGUUGAAGUGGUCUGAAUUAUAUUCACAUCCCUUGAUGAAAUAGAAAGAGAUGAGUAAAUAUUUAUUAUUAUGUAGGAUAUUAAUAAUUAUCACUUAAUUUAUUAUAAGCUGAAUAAAUUAAUGUUGAAAAAAUUGGGAAAUUCUAUGAAAAUAAAGGUUAAUAGGAAACCUUUGAAAAUUCAAAUGAUUUCAUGAAAAAAUUUGAUGGAAUGAAAUAAUAAUAAAUCCUUAAAAAAGACAAUCCCAUUAAUAUUAAGGAGACGGAAUUAUUACCUGAUCUCUAAGAUGAAUAAGUUAAAUUAGAGAUAACAGAGACUGAAAAAUAGAUAGAAGAUUUGAAGAAGGUUGAAGAAUUAAUUGAGAAAUACAUGAGACUAAGAGAUUAAAUUGUAUAUUUAUCAAGGACACUAAAUGAAAUAAAUACUUUGAUUUCUGAAAAAUAUUCAGCAUUACCAUUUUUGUUUCUAAUCAAAAAGAUAUUUAAAUUAAAUGAUUCAUUGACUAGAGCUUUGCUAGAUAAGUAAAAUAUAUUUAGAGUUGCAGACCUAUUAGAUAAAGUAUAUUAAAAUCCUCAUUUUUAAAAAUUCUUAUCACAAAUGUUAGAUGAUUAAUAAUUUUAUGAAAGUCUCUUAUAAUUCGCACUAAGGGGCGCUAAGUAAUUCAUUUUCAUCAUAUAGAUCAUUUUGGGAUGAAAUUUAAGACAAAAAUUGGUAGAAAGAACUGACAAUUGAAUGUUCAGCUUAAUUUAAUUAGAAUUUCAAAGAAGUGUUGAAUGAUUUCAUUAUUAGAACUUUGUCUGAAAAGAAAGAAAAAGAAAAAAAUCCAAAAGUAAUUGAACAAUAUAUUGAAUUAUAAAUUCAUCUAAUAGAUUGUUGUUGUUAUGAAAGGGUGUACCAGAAUGAUUAAGUAAAAAAUUUAAAUUUCUAUUAAAAAAGAAAAUAAACAUUAUGGAACAAUUCGAUGCUUUGUAUGAGAAACCAUUAAAAAUAAAGAAUGAUAUAUUUUCUGAAAAAGUGUAAUUGUUAUUUUUAUGA